AUGCGUGUCGAGCCAUUUGUUUUCGCUACUGCGGCUGCAGCUUCAGCUGCCACAAAUGCGUCGCUGCCCUCUCUUGAAGUCCCCGAGUGCCCGGACUAUGCGGUGGCCGUCGUGAACCAGUCUGUCCCAGACCUAACGCCAUUCCCAAUGACCACGGUCAGCGUGUGCUACGACGAUACCUCUAUCCAGCUGGGCUUCAAAGCGUUGAACGAGACAAACUGGUACUUCAACGCCAGCCAGAGCACAAACGACGACAUCUGGGAAUACGAGGUGAUGGAAGCGUUCCUCUACCACGGCGAGAACGACCCGACAACAUACAUUGAAUACGAGAUUAGCCCAGCCAACGUCACAUAUCAGGCUGUCGUCUUCAAUCCCACCAAGGUCCGCGCCGACGGUGCCCCGUUCGACCACUUCUUCGUGACCGACCCCUACACGGACGGCUUCACGGCCUCGACAACUACCAACAAGAACACAAGCACGUGGGAGUCGAACGUGAAGAUCCCUCUUGCUUUGUUUGAUGUUGAUGAGGUCAAAGGGUCCAAAUGGCGCAUGAACUUCUUCCGUACCAUCACGUCGCCCAGCAUAUACCCUAACCAGACACUGGGUGCCUGGAGUCCUCCCGACCAAGCAAGCUUCCACAUGUCCCCGUUCUUCGGCCAUGUUGUCUUUGUAUAA